CAGACCAGCUCUCUUCGACGCUCCUCACCCUCCUUGUCGGAGACACACAAGGCUCAUACACCCUUGACAUUAGAAAACACUAUGAAGCUGACCGUGGCAAUGGUUGCGGCCCUGUCCGCACGCGAAUCCCUGGCGUUCGUGCCGUCUUUCAACGCUGUAAGAUCCACGUCAAGUACGGCCGCUGCUCAGGGCAACAUGUGCACGGUGCGCAUGGCAGCGGGCAUGGACCAGGGAGCAAGCGAGAUGAGCUCGGUCCCGAUGGGCCGCAAGCAGAUGCUGCAGUCCGCUGCUGCUGCCGCGUUUGGGGCGGCCUUUGUCUCGGCGAACCCGUCCCAAUCCUUCGCCGACAGUUCGGUCGACUACAAGAAGGUCCGGGCGGAUAUCGAGGGCAUCAUGGACAAGGAUGGCAGCAAGGGACCCACUCUAGUCAGGCUGGCGUGGCACUCUUCCGGAACUUACGACAAGAUCUCUAAGACGGGAGGCUCCCAGGGUGGCACCAUGCGUUUCUCGCAGGAGCUCGCGGACGGCGCCAACGCUGGCCUCAACAACGCCGUGGGGUGGUUGGAGCCCAUCAAGAAGAAGUACCCCUCGAUCUCCUACGGAGAUCUGUACACGCUGGCAGGGGUUACCGCGAUUGAGAAGAUGGGUGGCCCUACCAUCAAAUGGAGGUCAGGCCGCAAGGACGAUGAUGUAGCAGCUGUGCCUCCCGGAGGCCGCCUCCCGGCUGCAGACAAGGGAAACCCCAUGGCCACCGCUAAGGGGCUGCGGGACGUCUUCUACCGCAUGGGCUUCAACGAUAGGGAGAUCGUGGCCUUGUCCGGCGCACACGCCCUCGGAAGGUGCCACACUGACGCCUCCGGCUACGACGGUCCGUGGACGCCCACCCCCAACCUCUUCACCGGAGCCACCUACUUCAAGCUCCUCAAGUCCAUCUCGUGGUCUGAACGCAAGGACUUCACGCCUUUCCAGUACCAAGACCCCAGCGGCAGCCUGAUGAUGCUCCCGAGCGACAUCGUCCUGCUGGAAGACAAGAGCUUUAAGAAGUACGUCGACAUGUACGCGGACAACGACAAGCUGUUCUUCGAAGACUUCUCCAAGGCCUUCGCCACCUUGCUCGAGCUAGGCACCAAGGAUCUUGUUGAGGAAUCCGCCUGAGCAUCUCUUACGCGUAGGGAGGAAACAUCGCACGGCUUUCGUGCCUUCAUCGGAUUGACCACGACCGGCUUCACCACACAUGACUGGCUAACGUCGGUCGAUGUAAUAUUAUUUAUCACAGUUGUUUGUUUGCUCUUGUUUUUGAAACACAAGCUAUGAGUUGAGAGACACAUGUCUCGUAGCAGCGGCGUACGUAGUUUAGAUAGCUGGGUGACGGUAGUGUAGAUACAAUGUAGAUUUAUAUGUGCCGUUUUUUUGGUUGCAUCAGAGCGAUGGUGUGUCGUGCUCUUACGAAAGAUCAGGCUGGCGGCAGAAGCUGGAGGCGCUUGUUUCAUGCUUACCUAUGAU